AUGGAAGAUUUUCAUGAUUGGUCUGAUUCAGCCUAUCGUAGUUUAAGUCGCCUAGAAGUCAUUAUUAAGAAUUCGGAAAAGAAUAGCAAAGAAAGCUCUCAGGAGUUUUUUGCAGAAUGCGAAAAAGAAAUAUUGUAUAUUAAAUAAAUAAAGCAAAUAUAUUAUAUUUUAUUUUAUAAUAAACUACUUAUGGCAGUAAAAUAUAAGAAAAAUUGAAUUAAAUUUAGAAUAUUGUGAGCAGUCAAUCCAUGAAAUAAAUAGUCCAAAUAAAGAAGUGUGCAAAAUUAAAUAUAAUGAAUUAUCAGACAAAUUAAACCGCUGCAAAGCAGAACUUGAAUUUAAAAAUCAAAAUAAAAGAAACUUAUUUGGAAACAGACUUGAAGAAAAUAAGGAAAACGAAAAGCAAGAUUUGUCCAAUGUAAGUGCACAAGAAUUAAUUACUAAGGGUUAUAGGCUGUAUCAAGAAGCUGAAGAAAGAAUGCUAGGGAUAUAUGGAAAAACAGAAGAAAUCAAGUCUGUAGCUAGUGCAAUUGAAGCAGGAUUAUAUGAGCAGGAACAGAAAAUAGAUAAAAUCGGGGAUGAAGUAAACGAUUUGAGAGGAGUCCUUAGAAGAACUGAUAAGAUCAUGAAUCAAAUAUAUCGUAGAUAUUUGACAGAUAAAUGCAUACUUUGCUUGAUUAUUACUAUUUUGAUUGUACUUGUCACAAUUAUCAUUUAUGGAAUUGCUAAUGGCAAAAGUUUAGGCUUUCCAAAUGAUACUAUGAAAUAA